AUGGCUGAGCCCCUACCAGCGGCGUGUCCUCCCCGGAGGACAGGAGGGGCCUUGGUGGUCUUGGCGCCCCCUUCCCGGCUCUGCCCAGGAGGGGCAGCAGGCACCUCCUCCCCUCCCCUCAAGGGAGGCUGCUCACCGCCCAGCCCAAGUCAUGCUGAAGGGGGGUCCGCUGGGAGUGCAGUCAAGGUGCCUCCCCAAGACCUCCCAGGGGACUCAAAUUCCUACACGCAGGUGAAGGAGGACUGCGGUCCAGGUGAACCAGAGCCAGGGCUCUCAGUCCCUGUGGCGGGCAGUGGAAUUCAGUCCCAGAGUUUGCUCAGUGUCUGCCCAGCACCGAGCUCCUGUUGGGAUGGGAACGUGGCUUCACCAGGCGUCAUGCAAGAGGCCGGGUCUCGGGGUGGCCCUGGCCGCGCUGGUGCUGAGGGAGGGGCAGGCCUCGUGUCCAGGCAGACGGCCCACGCGUGCCCCGCCCAGUGGACGGGGAAGCCCCACAUGGAUGGCCAUGUCCUAAAGGGGGGUGUGUGGGUGGGCCUUGUACCAGCUGUCCCUCUGCUGUUGUCAGCCCCUCCUGCCGUGCGGUUCUGGGCCUGCUGGAGGCUGGAGGACACCGUCCUGAGCCCCAUGGCCAGCAGAGAAGACCGGGCGCUGACCGUGUAUGGGGGAGGCGAGCAGGCCUCACCCAUCCCCGUGCCUGCCCGCAUCCGAGAGAUUGUGGCUGGCAGCCUGGGCGAGGAGCCGCCCCAAGCGGUGCGGGAGCCGCCAGCCGCCUCGGCCCACGUGCAGGAGGAGCUGUCCCGGCUGGAGGAGCUGCCGGCCCAGGCGGGGGCCGAGCGGGACGAGCUGGCCGGCCGGUACCACGCGGUCAGCGAGCGGCUGCAGGCCCAGCUGGAGGCCACCGAGGCUCGGCUGCGGAGGUCAGAGCAGGAACACAGCGUCGACCUGGAGGAAGCCCUCGGCCGGCUAGAGGCUGCUGAGCAGAGGAUCAUCGGCCUCUCCCAGGUGAACACCCUCCUGUGGGAACAGCUAGGACACAUGAAGAAAGCCAACGACAGACUGGCCGAGGAGCUGGCCGGGACGACGGGCAGCGUGCUCCGUCUGCGGGCUGAGCUGGAGCUGCGGGAGAGGCAGCGCUGGACCCAGAGAGAGACUCAGCGUACUCGCGCAGUGGGGCACCAGGAUGUCCUCCUCCUGCAGAGACAGGCCACAGCCCUCCGUGGACACCUGGCUGAGCUGCGUGCAGCCACCGAGAGGGGCCUUGCUGACAUGCGAAUGGACGCGGCCAGGACGGCCCAGCGCCUGCACAUGGCCUGCCUGAACCUCGGCUCCAACCUGCAGCUGACGGCCAGCCGCACAGCCAGCGCCCUGAAGCAGCAGCUGCAGGACAAGGUGCGGGAGAUGCUGCAGCUUCAGGGUCGCUGGGACGCCGAGAAGGUGGCACUCCAGGCCAGACUCUGGGAGCAGACGUUGCUGGUGGGGAAGCUCACAGAGCAGAAUGCGGACAAGGAGGAAACCAUCUCCUCCCUCAGAACGGAGGUUCAGGAACUGGUGGCGCAGGCAGACGCGGGGUGCCCGGAGCCAGCCUGGAGUAGCAGCACCGAAGGCCAGGAGGCGCAGGGCCAACCAAGGAGCCCCCCACGGGCUGCGUCCCCACCACGGGCCUGCUCCCCGGCCGCCCUGGACCCUGCGCUGCGGGCUGUGCAGGUGGCCAUUGAGAGGCAGCGGCAGCGGGAGCAGGAGCUGCGCCGGCAGCUGGAGUCCUCCGUGGCAGCGGCCGCCGGGCUCCACGAGCAGCUGUCCGAGAGCCAGCGGGAGCUGCAGGCCUCGCGGAGGCUCCUGCAGCAGCAGACCCGGGAGCGCCAGGACCUCCUGGGCGAGCUGGGGGCGCAGCGCCGCCGGGAGUCCAGCGAGCUCCCGGGAAGAUGCGGAGGCCGAGGGCAGGGACACCCCUGGCGCAGGGCCCUCCAGGGCUUUAGGGGCCCCCACAGGGCCACCAGGAGACAGGCAAGCCCACAGGUGGCCGCCCCAGGGGACAGGGCAGCCAGGGGCCGAGCCGUGGGGUCUUCUCGUCCCUCCCCACUCCUCCCUGAGCCCCGGCCCCGAGUGGCCUCCACGGCCUCCGCCCCAUCUACCCUCCCGGUACUCGCCCGAGGCUCGAAUGCGCCCAGUGAGGGUCCCUCGGCUCCCCUCUCCGGCUGCACGCCCGGGACCCCCGGCUUCUCCUCCCCUGCUCCCAGAGAGGGGGCAGCUCUGGAGGAGGCGAUGGAGGAGCUGAGGGGGACGGUGGGUGUUUCCGACAAGGAGCUCGGGGCUGCAGAGAAGCCUCCGGCGCGGGGCGGGGCAGAAGGCGGAGCUGGUGAAGCAGGGCCUGCGGGGCUGGAGGGAGCUGGGGGGCAGGGGGGCCAAGCUGCCACCAGCGGGCUGUCCUGUCCCCUCUGGGCCCCGGCGUCCUCAGCUGCUGAUGGGACCUCUUCUUCACCAGCCUCAUCUCAGGGGUCGGGGUGCCUAGCAAGACAGCAGGCCCUGCCCAUGGCGGCCGGCCCCCACCGCCACCCAGACACCCACUCCAAGUCCGGCCCAGCCCCACCCUGGGGCAAAUCCACCACCCUGGGGCAAAUCCACCACCCUGGGCCCAGCCGAGAUGGGUGCCCCAGCGUGUGUGUGCACGUGCUCCUCACCCAGGCUCAAGGGCGCCUGGAGCAGCUGGAGGAGAAGGUCUCGGGGCUCAAGAAGGAGCUGGUGUGGACCCAGGAGGUGCUGAACACAGCGCGGCUGCAGAGGGACAUCCUGGAGAGCGAGGGGGAGGGUCUGCGCAGCACCCUGGCCCGGGCCGAGUCCAGCAAAACCAACCUGGAACUGCUCGUGUGCCAGCUCAAGGCGGAGGGGGCGGAGCAGAGGCAUUCCCUGGCUGACAUGGCUGCCCUGAUGGCGGGGCUGGCUCAGGACAAAGGCUCCCUGAGCCACCUGGGCCUGAACAUGGACCCCUCCCUGCCCCUCUGGCGGCAGCUGGAACAAGAGCGGGCGGGUGCCCGAGAGCAGCUGGCGCGGGCAGAGCAGCAGCUGGAGCUCGUGCGGGCCGAGCGGAGGGGCCUGCAGCAGGCCUGCCAUCGCCUGGAGGAGCGGCUGCAGAGGCUGGAGGCGCAGGCGGCCUGGCUCCGGCAAGAGCGGGCCCAGCUGCAGGAGCAGGUGGGCCAGGUCACAUUCAAGAAGCAGGCCCUGGAAGAGCAGCUGGCCCAGAGCCUGCAAGACCAGGAGGCCCGCAUGGACGCUCUCCAGAGGGCCCUGCAGGAGAAGGAGGCUUUGUCUGAAGAACAGGCCCAGCUGCUGGCCAAGCAGGAGGCCCUGGAGAGGCACAGCCAGCUCACAGCUGAGGAGGCAGCUGACCUCAGGGCCGAGAGAGACUCCCUGAAGAACAGCCUCUUUGAGGCCCAACAGCUGGCGUCACAGCUGGCGUCACAGCAGGAGCAGCUGGAGGGAGAGGCCCAGAGUGCGAGGCUGGCCCGGCAGGCCCUGCAAGUGCAAAUGGAGCAGCUGAAGAGCACCUGGGAGGUCCAGGAGACGAAGCUGCAGGGGGACGUGGGGCGGCUCUUGCAGCAGGUGGUACAGCAGGAGCAGGACACGCAGUUGGCCCUGGAGAGCCAGGCGCUGGCCCACCUCGAGGAUCUAGCCCGGCUCCAGAGGGAGAAGGAGACCCUGAGUCUGUCUCUGACAGAGAAGGAAGUGGCAGCACGCAGGCUGGAACAGGAGAAGGAGCUGGUGGCAAAACGUGCAGCCAAGAGGGAGGCUCUGAAGGAGGAAACUCAGAGCCUGAAGCAUGAGCGGGAUGAGAGUCUCCUUCAGCUGGAACAUGAGAUGCAGCAGGCCCUGUCUCUGAGAGAAGCGGAGGCCAGCCAGCUGAGGGAGGAGCUGUCCAGGGCCACGUGGGAGCUGGAGCUGGUGCAGCAGGAGGCCCAGGGUCGGCAGGAGCAAGCCGAGGCCACCAUCAGCGCCACGACUGCAGACCUGAAGGCCCUGCAGGCCCACUUUGAGGAUGCCGUCUCGGCCCAUCAGAGGGAGGCCAGGGCUCUGGGCAAGAGGCUACGGGAGAUGGCCGCCCAGCGGAGCAGCGCCUGGAGAGAGGCGGAGAGGCUGCGGGCACAGCUGGACGAGGCCCAGGAGGGGCUGGCCGCCCUGCACCGGGAGCUGCAGGGCAGCGAGGAGAGCCGGGAGAGGCUGCACAGGGAGGCCCGGGACACCUGCCGGGCGCUGGAGGACGAGGCCCGAGAGAAGAACAUGCUGCGGGUCACCCUCCACAGAGUCGAGCAGGAGAAGGCCAGCUUUCAGCGUUCCAAGGAGGAGAAGGCACAGAAGGUGCUGGUCCUGGAGGAGGCCCGGGCAGCGGCUCAGAAGGAGGCCGGCGAGCUGCGGGCCCUUCUGCAGGGGGCAGAGCAGGCACGGGCAGAUGCCCGCCGGCAGCUCCAGGAGCUACGCAGACAGGUGAUGUCACUGGAGGCCGAGAACCAGAGGAAGAGCCAGGAGCUGUGCCGGAUGCAGCAGCAGAGCCAGCAGGGGGCGCUGGAGCUGCAGAGGCUGGCGGCCAAGGCACAGGCAGCCAGAGAGGGCUCGCAGAGGGAGGUCCUGAAGCUGCAGCGGACGCUGGCGGAAGCGGAAGCCAGGGCCGAGGCCCGGGAGAAGCAGCUGGAGGAGCGCCUCUGCGAGAGCUGGGGCACCGAGCGGGCCCUCCAGGCCGAGCUGCACGGCAUCACCAGGAAGCUGCAGCAGGCCAGCGGCACGGCCGAUGGCCUCCAGGCUCGCCUGGAUAGGGCCUGCCAGCGGGUCGGCAGCCUGCAGCAGGAGGUGGCCCAGGCUGAGGGCGCCCAGCGGGAGGUGGAGGCCCAGCUGGGCCGGCUGUGGUCCACGCUCCGCCUGGGCCUGGGGCUCCGGGGACAGAGCCCCGUGGCCUUCCCCAAGCGGCCCAGCUCCCCUGCCAAAGGCUCAGAGGGCACCCAGGGUUCCCCUGGGCGGCGGAGUGCCAGCGCCCCCGGCCGGUCCCGCUCGCCGCUCCGAUGGCCCUCGCCUGCCCUGGGAGAUCGCAGCACAGAGGGGGCCGUGGCCUCGGUGAGGGACGACCUGGGGGACUUGGUGCAGAAGCAGCGGGAUGCCCGGCGGGAGCGGGAAGGGGGGCGGGGAGGACCCGAUGCCUGGCGCUGCCAGGCGGGGAGGCUGAGCAGCCGGCUGAGCAAGGCCGAGAGCGAGCGUGCCCGAGCCCAGAGCCACGCGGGGCAGCUGCAGAGGGGGCUGGCCGAGGCAGAGGAAGGCCGGCGCCAGGCGGAGGGGGAGCUGAGCGGCUCACAGGCUGCGCGGGCCCUGCAGGAGGAGGUGCCCCCGAGGCGCGGAAGAGCAGAGGCUCCAGGCCCACGAGUCCAAGGAGCCCUGGACUGUGCUAAGAUCGCUCGGCAGGACAGCGCCAGGGCUCAGCUGGGUCUGGGCCGCUGCGGCUGCUUGAGGGCCUCAGAGCGCCAAGAACAGCGCACCUGGCUCAGGGGGUACAGGCCCCAGAGGCGGUCACCCCGAGGUGUCAGGGAAUCGGGCCCCCCGGCCCCAUGCCGAACAGACGAGGUGGGCGCCCGGGAGGGGGUUCAGACACACCUCAGUCACCGGAGGCCCCGGGCACUCUCCACUCACAGCCAACCCAGGCGGCAGCGUUUCCAGCCCGCUGUGGGCUCAGGAUACGUGGCCACACUGCCUGCCGCCCACUGCCUGCACCACGUCCAGGCCAGGCUGCAGGCAGCCAGCAGAGCUCACCCCCCAGGGCCCAAAUCCAGCUUCAGUCCAGGUUCUAGAAGCGAAGUGGGGAGCCGCUUGGCCUUCUGGGCGCGCUGUGGCUGGAGUGCAUCCCUGAUACUUGCUCAAGAAGCAAGUGGGCUCUGGACACCCCGCGCGCAGUCCAAGCCUGGGAGCCCUCGGGGCACUGUCUGCCCCUCACCCGCCACGCAGCCCUCAGGCUACCUCUCCAUUCCGUGGCACGUUCUUCCACUUCUUGGCCUCUUGAGCCCAAGCCGCCGCAGGCUCCGUGUGGACAAUCCCGGGGCCCCCAGCUUGCCUUCCUCCGCCCUCCCGCCCAGCCCCCGCAAUGGGGUGGACGCGGCUCCUGAUUUUCCAGGCUGCUCUGUUCCAAAGGUCACCACCACCUCCUCCCCACCGGACACUCGCGGGCAGGACGGCAUCCGUGCGCUCCCGAGAAUCCCCAGGCCCCACUGCGCGCCAGCUCCAGCCCGGGGACACCACAGGCGCUGUCCUCGUGAAGGCUCAGAGAGGAGGGGUGACAGGGAGGGGGCCGCGCAGCGGCGGAGGCGGGUGGCCGGGCUGCGAGGCCAGGAAGGCGGCGGGCAGCAAUCCGGGCUCAGGCAGCAGGGGUGGGGAGGCCUGAGUCACGGCGGUACGAGCCCCUGCACGUGGUCUGGGCAGACGCCAGGUGCCACAGCCUCGCCUACAGCACACCCCCGGCCGUGCUUCCAGACGGCCUGUGCCACCCUCCCCCAGAAGCACCUGGACACGUGGCACCAGGCCCUGGACGAGAGCAGGAGGCACAGGCAGGGCCUGGCCCAGAGGGCGCUGCUAGAGGAGAAAGUCGCCCCCCUGGAGCGCAGGCGCGGGAGGCCCUGCGGCAGCCGAGCCGGGGGCUCAGCCUCAGGCCGGAGCGACCGGCCCACGCGCUCCGGCGGCGGCGGCGGCGGCGCAGGGAGCGGAGGCGGCGCAGUGAGCGGGCGGCGGGCGCAACGCGGGGAGAGGCGUGUCCUGCGGGAGGAGCGGCCGCGCUGCGCCCCGGGCGGCCCGCCUGCAGGGGGAGCUCGCGGUGCACCGGGCCCAGUGUUUGAGCACCAGUCCUGCCUGGAGCUGUGUGGCAUUGCCACACUGCCCGCCUCUGGAACCCAGAUUCCCCUGUCCGUGGUGGAGAUGGCCAAGGCUCAGGGGGAACAGGCACAGCCCAUCCAGCUGACCCCGGCGGAGUGCGCGGCUGGGCUUUGGGCCUGGGAUUCUGAUGCCCUCUCAGCAACCCCAGGGGCUCCAGAGCAGACUGACCAACGCACCCCAAGGGAGGACAGCGAGGCCCCGCCUGGUGAGGAGCUGCCCGGCCUGGAGCCUCCACAGGAGAGCAGCCACCCGGACCGAUCCUCCAUGUCCCAGGGCCCCCCGAGAGACCAGGCCCUGUCCAACCUGAGGACAGAGCUGAGGAGGGAAGGGGACAACACGAGGGCAGGGGCCGAGAAGGAGCCGCUGGAACAUACCUGCCUGCACCAGGAGGCAGACAGGGCCCUGAGGCAAAACCAGCUGGGCUCCAUGCACCCCAGUCUUGGGAGUGGGCCGGGGCCCGGGGCUGGGGGUGUCCAGGCCCCGGGCCCCAGUAGAGGGCAGCCGGGCCAACUGGCGGUCCCCAGGGGAGGGCUGGACGUGCCUGCCCCGGGACUCUGCGCAGCCCUGGGUGGGCAGGCCACAGUGAGGUGCCUGGGGUCUCCCCUAGGUCCAGAGGCGGAGCUGGAGCAGGACUAUGCCCAGCGGCUCCAGAAGCUGGCCACCCAGCACCAGCGAGACCUGGCGAUGGAGGCCGAGCGGCUGCACGGGGCCCAUGUACAGGCUGCACAGGCCCUGGCGUCCCGAGAGAGGACCCACCGGCAGCGGGUGAAGGUGCUGGAGAAGCAGGUGGCCAGCCUGAAGGAGCCGCGGGACCAGGAAGUGCAGCAGCGGUGACGAGCCCGCCUUGGCCAGGCCUUCCGGGCCGAGAACUCUGUAAACAUGGGGAAACACGUGGAAAACAUUUCCACCAACUGGAGCCAAAAACAUAAUGUCCCGCAGGGCCAGCUACCACAUCCCUGCGCACAGAGGCGGCCGGACCUCCGUAUACAGGAACUGCAGGGCCGUCACAGUGGCAGGUGGCUGCAAGUGACUCAGAGUCCAGUCCCCACCCCACCCCCGUGCUCCCCACCACCGCCCCCCCCUUCCCGGUGA